UCAUGGCGAUAAAAAUAUUGAUCAAACACAUAUAUAAGAUGGUGCCAAGUGUUUUAUAACAAUUUUACAGUUGUAUUGUUGUAUAUUCUACGGUAACAUUUAAUUUCAAAAUGCCAUCGAAGAAUAAGAAAGGUAAAAAUUCUAAACUUACUCGUAUGAGCGAAGAGGAGCGAGCGAGAUACUUACAACAUCGAGCCGACAUAGAAUUAGAGGCAAAGCGACGAAAACAACAAUUGAUAUUAAUUUAUACAAAAAAUAAAUUAAAACACGAAGAAGCUUUUACUCGCAUAAACACAUCAAAGCUUAAUGAGCAAUGGCGAAUGAUAUUACGUCAAAUGAAAUGUACGAUUCAAAAAGAUAAUAUUGAAUAUUUACAACAAAAUUUUGGAGAAAUAUUGAAUACAAAAGAGACUUUUAUACAGAUAUUAUUCAAGGAACUACUAAUAAUAGAUCGCGAUCACAAACUAUUUCAAGAAGCUCAUAUGACAAUUAUUGAUAAUAUUUUAGAAAAUGGAAAAGAGAGAAUAAGUCACUUUUAUCAUAAUUAUGAAGAUCGCGUAAAAAAAAUUCAAACAGAAGAUAUAGAUGACCUAGAAUGUACAAAAAUUAAUUUAAAAGAAUUUCUAAUGCAUUUGAAAACCAUAGCAUUUGCCAAAAAGAAAUGCGCAGAAGAAGAAAUAACAGAGAUAAGGACAAAACACGCAAUUAACAUUCAUACUGUUUUAUAUGAUAAAAAUGAAUCGAUAUUAAAAUUAAAACGUCAAGUACAUCCUAUAUUAGAAACCUUAUGGCAACAAUUAAAUGAAAUUAUAACAAAUUACGAACAAUCAACAGACAAUAAAAGAAAGCAAUACGAAUAUUUAAAAGGACAGGAUGAUAUUCAUCAAAUUGAGGCCGUACGGUUUCCUAAAAUAUAUGCAACACUGAAAGAAAACAUCGAAAUGUUAAGUAAAAAUUUUGUUUCAUUAACCGAGAAAAGAGAAGAAACUAUCGAAGAUUUAAAAAUGAAGUCUGAAUUGCUUAAUAAACGAGUAUGUAAGCUAAAAAAAGAAAUUAAAGUAGCUCAAACUAUAGAUGCAAUGAACUUAAAACGAUUGAGUGUUAUAAGCAAUGAAGUUAUAAAAGAUCUACAAAGAAUUUUGGAUAAAAGUGUAGAGCUUGAAAAAAUUUCAAAAUUAUGUUCAGAUGUCGAACUAGAUUCCAUAAGUGUAAAGAAAUUUUCAUUUAAAAGUUUUGAAGAUACAGAUAAAGUGAUAAAAUGUGAAAAUAAAGCGUUUGGCCAUUUGAAAAAAAUCGAAGGCUUCCGUGAUCAUUUAGGUAGUAUUAAAGAAGAAAAUAUUUUAAUAAAGGAAGAGUAUAGUAAGCUUCUUGAAGAAAAUAACCGACUGAAGCAUUAUUUGCGAACUUAUAUAGUCACUGUAUCAAAAAUGCCAACAAUUUGUUCAAUAACACAGAUCUGAAAUCAUAAUAAUGGAGUAUUUUCGUAAAUUAUAAUAUUUAAUACUUUUUCAAUUGAUAAUAGUU